AUGUCGACGAACGAGGGGCUGCGGUUCGAGGAGGCGGUGGCGGAGGUCGCGUCGGAUGAGGGCUGGGGGUUGCAGAAGAGGUGGAGGCUGCGGCGAACAUCGUCGAGCGGCGGUGAGGGCCGUGAGGCGGGGAUGCGACGCGGCGGGGAGGAGGGAGGGGUGAGCUUGAGGUGGCCGUGGAUUUCGGCUAAGGGGGAGGAGAGCUUGGUGGAUAUCUGGUAUCAUAUACAUUCCUUAUUGCCACUGCGAGAUGCCGCUCGUGCUGCAUGCGUGUCUAGCACAUUUCUAUAUUCUUGGAGAUGUCGUCCCAACCUCAUCUUCAGUAAGAAAACACUGGGGUUGAAUGGCAAUUGGAGGGAAAAUGUUAGGGAACUCGUCAACAAAGUUGAUCACAUUAUGAAAAACCACUCAGGCAUUGGCUUGAGGACAUUCGGGCUUCAAUCUUAUAAUUUGAUCAACACCUAUUAUCUUGACCGUUGGCUCAAUAUUGCUAUUACACCAGCAAUUGAGGAACUCAGUCUUACGCAGUUUCCAGAGAACAAUACAAAGUACUACAAUUUCCCUUGCUCAAUUUUAUUCAAUAGGGGUGGAAACUCGAUUAAGCAUAUUUGUCUUAGCCACUGUGCCUUCCGUCCUACUGGCGGACUUAAUUUCUUGCGAAGACUACAUCUGGGUGAAGUUCAUAUUACUGGGGACGAAUUAGAGUGUCUUCUUUCCAAUUCUUUUGCUUUAGAGCAGUUGACACUCAAAUAUUGCAAAGAGCUCAACUACCUCAGGAUACCUUGCCAGCUACAACAGCUUAAGGACCUAGAAGUGUAUGAACGCAAAGCAUUGCAAAUGAUGGAAGUUAAAGCUCCAAAUCUUUCAACCUUCCAUUAUGACGGUAAUCUAGCACGACUAUCAGAUGGAGGUUUACUGGCAGUGAAGAAACUACGCAUAUCAUCCUUUUAUCAGUAUAAUAAUGUUCAUUAUGCCAGUGCCAAUCUUUCAUCCAUUGUGCCAACUAUUGAAACUCUCAUAAUAUCUUCAUUUGGUGAGGUAUAUUAAUAUGAUGAUCUCAUUAGAUACCAUUAAUGGUCUUACCUUGAAAUAUGAUUAAUAUGGUUAUUUGUGUAGAAGUUCAAUACAGUAGUUGCACCUUUCAAAUUCCUCCACCUCAAGAGCUUGAAGAUUUCUCUUAUCGGAUUCAAUGGGGCCUUUUCCCCAGCAUAUGAUUAUCUUUCUCUAGCUUAUUUUAUU